GCCAUGGAGGGCGGCGCGGGCUCGGCCCGCGGCGGCCGCGACAAGAAGCGGGGCAAGGCCCCGGCGCCCGAGGAGGCGGCGGCGGCGGGGCCCGGCGACCCCAGCAAGUCCAAGAAAUUCACUUUGAAGCGGCUCAUGGCAGAUGAAUUGGAGCGAUUCACCAGCAUGAGGAUGAAGAAGGAAAAGGAAAAGCCCAAUGCGGCUCAUAGGAAUUCCUCUGCCUACGUGGAUGUUUCUACUUCAGGACAGACACUUCAGGAAAUACCGGACGAAGAUGUGCUAGCACUCUUUGAGCAGAUGCUGUUGGACAUGAACUUAAAUGAGGAGAAACAGCAACCUCUGAGGGAGAAAGACAUUAUGAUUAAGAGGGAGAUGGUGUCCCAGUAUCUGCACACAUCUAAAGCUGGCAUGAACCAAAAGGAGAGCUCUAAGUCAGCCAUGAUGUAUAUCCAGGAACUGAAAUUAAAUCUCAGGGAUGUGCAGCUGCUCAACUGUCUAGAGUCUUUGCGAGUGUCAUUGAACAACAACCCUGUCAGCUGGGUGCAGAACUUUGGUGCUGAAGGCCUCAUCUGCCUGCUGGAUAUUUUAAAAGGGCUCCAUGAGGAAAAAGAAGAAGCACUAGGUUCAUAUGACACACGGAGCAGACAUGAGAUCAUCCGAUGUCUGAAGGCGUUCAUGAACAACAAGUUUGGAAUCAAAACAAUGCUGGAUACGGAGGAAGGGAUCCUACUACUUGUGAGAGCUGUUGACCCAAAAGUCCCUUCCAUGAUGAUAGAUGCUGUGAAGCUUCUGUCUGCCCUCUGUAUCCUGCCUCAGCCUGAAGGCAUGUAUGAGCGAGUUCUGGAAGCGCUGACUGAAAGAGCAGAAAUGGAUGAGGUGGAACGAUUCAAACCUCUGUUGGAUGGCCUAAAGAGUGGCACCUCAGUGGCACUGAAGGUGGCCUGUAUGCAGCUGAUCAAUGCAAUGAUCAGCCCUGCUGAUGAACUUGACUUCAGAGUUCACAUUCGUAGUGAGCUGAUGCGUUCUGGACUGCAACAUACUCUUAAGGAGCUGCAUAUGCUGGAGAAUGAAGAGCUGAAAGUGCAACUAAGUAUAUUUGAAGAACAUGGUGAGGAGGACUCUGAGGACCUCAGGAGCCGUCUAGAUGACAUUCGCAUUGAAAUGGAUGAUUUCAAUGAAGUCUUCCAGAUUCUCCUCAACACGGUGAAGGAUUCCAAAGCAGAACCUUUUUUCCUCUCCAUCUUGCAGCACCUUUUACUAAUUCGCAAUGAUUACGAGGCCAGACCUCAGUAUUAUAAGCUGAUUGAUGAAUGUGUCUCCCAGAUAAUCCUGUACAAGAAUGGUGCCGAUCCAGACUUUAAGUGCAGGCAUCUUGACAUAAACAUUGAGGGGUUAAUUGAUAACUUGAUUGAUCAAACCAAGGUGGAGAAAAGCGAGGCCAAAGCGGUGGAAUUGGAGAAAAAGCUGGACUCAGAGCUGACUGCACGUCAAGAGCUGCAAGUUGAAAUGAAGAAGAUGGAAAGUGACUUUGAGCAAAAACUCCUUGAUAUAUGUGGUGAAAAGCAGACACUGGAUGAGGAGAAACAGCAAAUUGUUGUAGAGAAGCAAGAGCUAGAAAGCAAAGUCUCGCAGCUAAAUGAGGAGAUUGCUAAGUUGGAAAAAGAGCUUGAAGACGCCAAGAGAGAAAUGGCUUCAUUCUCUUCUUCCUUGCUUCUUCCUUCAGUUCCAGGGCAUACAGGGAACCUCCAGCCACCGCCUUCACUCCCAGGCACUGUUUCUGGAGGCAUCCCACCACCUCCUCCACUGCCUGGUGCAACUAGAGUGGCCCCAGUGCCUCCACCGCCCCCUCCUCUCCCGGGUGCAGUUUCUGGGGGCAUCCCACCGCCCCCUCCUCUCCCAGGCUCUGCUUCUGGGGGCAUCCCACCGCCCCCUCCUCUCCCAGGUGUGGUUUCUGGGGGCAUCCCACCGCCCCCUCCGCUUCCAGGCUCUGCUUCUGGGGGCAUCCCACCGCCCCCUCCUCUCCCAGGUGUGGUUUCUGGGGGCAUCCCACUGCCCCCUCCGCUUCCAGGCUCUGCUUCUGGGGGCAUCCCACCACCCCCUCCUCUCCCAGGUGUGGUUUCUGGGGGCAUCCCACCACCCCCUCCGCUUCCAGGCUCUGCUUCUGGGGGCAUCCCACCACCCCCUCCUCUCCCAGGUGUGGUUUCUGGGGGCAUCCCACCGCCCCCUCCGCUUCCAGGCUCUGCUUCUGGGGGCAUCCCACUGCCACCUCCUCUCCCAGGUGUGGUUUCUGGGGGCAUCCCUCCCCCACCUCCACUUCCAGGCUCUACUUCUGGGGGCAUCCCUCCCCCACCUCCACUUCCAGGCAUUGGUGGGGGCAUCCCUCCCCCGCCUCCUCCUCCAGGUGGUCCUGGGAUCCCACCACCCCCACCAGGAAUGGGUGCCCCUCCUCCUCUUCCCCCUGGCUUUGGUGGCUGGGGAGUGCCUGCAGCUCCAGUUCUUCCAUAUGGAUUAGCUCCAAAGAAGACUUAUAAGCCAGAUGUACAGCUGAGGAGACCAAAUUGGUCCAAGAUCGUGGCUGAAGACCUCUCUCAGGAUUGUUUCUGGACAAAAGCAAAAGAAGACCGGUUUGAGAAUGAUGAGCUCUUUGCUAAGCUUACACUCACCUUUUCUGCCCAAACAAAGUGUGAGUGCCAAGCUCGGCAUCAUUGUAAGAAGGACUGGGGUAGUGCUUGAAGGGUUGCUGGCCCCCUUUGGAGGGGAUUUAUAGGAGCUAGGUACGCCCAUCUUGUUGAACAAGGGGAAAUGGAUCAAG